CGCCCGCGCCGCCGGCCGCCAUGCCGCUGGGCCUGAAGCCCACGUGCAGCGUGUGCCGGACCACGUCGUCGUCCAUGUGGAAGAAGGGCGCGCAGGGCGAGAUCCUCUGCAACCACUGCACGGGCCGCGGCGGGGCCUCCGGGAACGCGGGCGCGGGCGCGGCGGGCGGGGCCGCGGGCGCGGCGGGCGGCGGGGGCGCGCCCGGCGCGGGGGGCACGGCGGGCGGCGGGGGCGCGCCCGGCGGCGGGCACGGCGGGCCGGGCUCGGGCUUGGCCGGCUCCUCGGCGGCGGCCUUACAGCAGAGUAACGGCGGCGGCGGCGGGGGCAGCGGGGGCGGCAAGCAGAGCAAGCAGGAGAUCCACCGGCGCUCGGCGCGCCUCCGAAACACCAAGUACAAGUCGGCCCCGGCGGCCGAGAAGAAGGUGUCCACUAAGGGCAAGGGCCGCCGGCACAUCUUCAAGCUGAAGAACCCCAUCAAAGCUCCUGAAGCAGUUUCUACCAUCAUUACUGCAGAAUCAAUAUUUCACAAGGGAGUGUAUUACCAGAUUGGAGAUGUUGUUUCUGUAAUUGAUGAACAAGAUGGAAAAACGUACUAUGCUCAGAUCAGGGGCUUUAUCCAGGACCAAUACUGUGAGAAGAGCGCAGCACUCACGUGGCUCCUCCCCACGACGGCCAGCCCCAAAGAUCAGUUCGAUCCGGCCUCUUACAUCAUAGGACCAGAAGAAGAUCUUCCAAGGAAGAUGGAAUAUUUGGAAUUUGUUUGUCAUGCACCUUCAGAAUAUUUUAAAUCUCGAUCCUCACCAUUCCCCACUGUCCCCACUAGACCAGAGAAAGGGUACAUAUGGACUCAUGUUGGGCCUACUCCUGCAAUAACCAUUAAGGAAACAGUUGCCAACAACUUGUAGUGUAGGAUGGCUUUUUAAGACUGAAUUUUCCUAUGUCCUCUGGGCACAGCAUUACAAGAUGUCAGUAUACUUACUGAAAUUGUUGGCUAGCUGAAGAAAUAACUUUUUAAAAAACCUUUCAUUAUUACCAGAUAGGCAAAUAGUUUUUAAAAACUUUUCAUUAUUACCAAAUAGGCAAAUAGUAUAUUAUUGGAUAUAGUUAGCUUUUUCUUUACUCGUUUUUAAUCAGUCUUUUUAAAGAAUUAUCUUAAAGAGGUACCCAUGUAGAAUAGAGUAGGAUAGGAUAGUUGUCUUUGCUGGGAUCUUAUGCAGUAGAAGAGGCUUCUGAUGGAGGUAAUCUCUGCUUUUCCUAAGAUAUAUUCCUGCCAUCAUUGUAAUGCUACCUUCCCAUCCAAAAGUAUUACUUAUUUGAUGCUCAGAUCUUGGACCCCAGGCAUAGUCUUAGUUUGAUCAAUAUGUUGUAAAAACAAAUACAAAACAUUGUUAUAUUUAAAAUAGUAACAUUGUGCCAUGCUCUAUGAAAUGAAUACAAAGAUAUCUACACAGAUUAAAUAGGAAAUCCCCUAAUACAUACAGUAAUACAUACAUUGAGUAUGUAUUGAAUUGUAAAUAUAACCUAAAACCAAUAUGGUAGGUAGAAUCACAGUAGAAGGGCUUUGAAUGAGUACUCUGGGCAGGCGAGAUAUUUUUAUAAAAGCUUUCCACACAGUUUGAGCUUCCAGGCAACCCUGGAUAUUCCUUAAAGUGCCACAGGAAUGGUAAGGUUGGCUAGUUAUUGAUAGUUUCUCCGACUGAGAUACAUUUUUAAAAAGUGAUCACAUUCCCUACCUCCUCAAUUGUUGAAAGCUGCUACUCAUUACCAGAUCACACUAACUAACUGCUAUUAGCAUACCAUAUGACCAAAUCAUUAUCCCUUAAAGAAAGAAUCUUAGAAACAUUUCUCAUGGAUGUGUUAGCGGGAGCAGAGCUAAAAGAGCUCAGCUCUAGGACAUAAAGCUGGCAGAGGAGAGGCCUGCAUGUGCCUGCCUACAGCAAGAGCCUUUCCCUUAGCUCUGAUGGAAGCUGCCCACUUGUCAAGCAGAAGAUGCUGGGAGUAACAUUUCAUCCCUCUGGUUUUAAAAUACACAAAUUUUAACCUGUCUUUCUUCCCUUUUCUGUACAUACUUUGGCUUGUAUCUGGUAGAAUGAUUGGACUUGACUCUUAAAAUUCAUUGUAUUUUACACUCUAUUUAUGUCUUCCACAUGAAUAGUCAUGAAUCAUUGUAAAUAUCAUGUAAAUAACUGAGAUAUACUAAUGCUUACCACCUUUAGAUUAAAAUAUAUUUUUCAAAA